AUGGCAGCACAGAUCCAGAGGUUACCUUCAAGGACCACAAGUCGGACAGUAUUAGACCUGAGGACUCAUGCUAGCCAAAGGGGGAGUAGCACCACCUCGGCGAGUUGGAGGAUACGGGCGAAGGCUAAGAGAGCUGCCUUAGCCGCAGAAGUAGCAGCUCUUAAAGACCAACAAGAACUUGAGAUAGAAGAAAUGAAGCUUAAACAACGGAAAGCUGAGCUUCUUCUGAAGACUAGAUUAAAGAUCGCGGAAGCGGAGGAAACUGUAUAUAGAGGUACUCGGUCCAUAGAACAGAAGACUGAGCCUUCCAAGUCUGAACCUUCACAACAAGGUUCAUCAACUCCUGUUAGAACGAGAAUGAAGCCGGCAGGUGAAAACCUGACACUGACCAGUCAAGAUGAAAAGAUAACUGGUAAGAUGGACUCUGACAUCUUACAUCAUCUACAGCAAGGACAGAGACAACAUCAACAACUGUUGGAAGCCAUCACAAUUUCAAGUACCAACAUUAUGUCUUUUGAUGGUAACCCGUUGAAUUUCUUUGAGUUCAUACGAUCAUUUGAUAGUGUCAUUGGAAAUUCGUCAUUGGACAAUAACGCCAAGCUGCUCAAGUUGUAUCAUCUUUGUACUGGAGCUGCCAAAGACAUAAUCCAAUGUUGUCUCAUGAUGCAUCAAGAUGAUGGGUACUUUCAUGCCAGAACGCUUCUGAUGGAUCGCUUUGGAAGUGACCAUAAGAUCAGUGACGCCUGGAUUAGGAAGGUCACCGAAGGUCCAGUUAUUCAGAGCAAUCCUAAACAUCUGAGGGAUUUCGCUGAUCAGCUAAAGACCUGUGCUGAAACUUUGAUGGCCCUUGGGAUGCUUCACGAGAUGAGCAGCAGAAGUGAGCUGGUGAAGGUCAUUGAACGUUUGCCAUUCCAUCUGAAGAGCCGGUGGUUGCGUUUCGUAAAGACCAUCAGGGAUAGUGGCAGACAGCCUAACAUCCAGCAUGCAGUUGAAUUCAUCACCGGUGCAGCUGAUGAACUCAAUGAUCCUGUAUUUGGAGCCUUACUUAUGGGUGGACCAAAGAAUCUAGGAAAUGCAAGGAUUGUUAAGGAAAGAACUGUGUCAAGUAGAGGUCAGGCAAGCAUGUUUACUACCUCUGUGAAUUCAUCGACCAAGAACUGCAUCAUGUGUCAGGACAGCCAUGACCUUUUCGGUUGCCAGUAA